AUGCAAAUGAGUACUUACUUAUUCCUAUAAAAGACCAUAAAAGAAACCCAUUCUUUCAAAACACACAAGCCAAAUUAAAACACUAAAGCUAUGAACUCUCUCAUUUCUCUUUCACUUUGUUCCCUCUUUCUCCUCAUCUCUUUCUUCCCUUCUUUCACAACUCCCACCAUAUUAUUUCAGGGGUUCAAUUGGGGGUCAAGUGACAAACCAGGAUGGUACAAUUCUCUGAAGAACACAAUCCCUGCUCUUACAGCUGCCGGAGUAACCCAUGUUUGGCUCCCUCCUCCCUCUCAAUCCGUUGCUCCACAAGGUUACAUGCCGGGAAGGCUGUAUGAUUUGGAUGCAUCAAAGUAUGGAACUAAAGAGGAAUUGAAGUCACUAAUUUCGGCUUUUAGAGACAAAGGAAUAAAAACCAUAGCAGACAUAGUCAUAAACCACAGAACAGCUGAGAAGCAAGACCAGAGAGGAAAAUGGUCCAUCUUCGAAGGCGGUACCCCAGAUGACCGCCUUGAUUGGGGUCCUUCCUUUAUUUGCAGCGAUGACAAAGAGUACUCCGAUGGCACUGGAAACCCCGACACUGGAGUACCGUUCGAACCUGCUCCUGAUAUCGACCAUGUCAACCCGCGAGUUCAGAAGGAGCUCUCGGAGUGGAUGAAUUGGAUGAAAUCUGAGAUUGGAUUUGUCGGGUGGCGAUUCGAUAUGGUCACUGGGUACGCCCCAAAAUUCACCAAGAUCUACAUGGAGCAAACUACGCCGGAGUUUGCGGUGGGAGAGAAGUGGGAUGAUGUCGGGAAAGAACAAGAUUGGGUCACGGCAGCAGGUGGGGUUGUCAAGGCAUUUGAUUUCACGACGUGGGGAGUGUUGCGUGGAGCAGUACUGCAAGGGGAGCUGUCGCGGUUGAAAGAUUCAAACGGGAAGCCUCCGGGUUUGAUAGGAAUAAUGCCGGAAAAUGCAGUGACAUUCAUUGAUAAUCACGACACUGCUAAGUCCACAGAUCAAGUUUUCCCACCUGAGAAAGUCAUGUUGGGUUAUGUCUACAUUCUCACUCACCCUGGAACCCCAACCAUCUUCUAUGAUCAUCUAGUGGAUGGGAAGCUUAAGGAUCAUAUAACCAUGUUAAGUGUGAUUAGAGGAAGAAACAACAUAAAUACGAGUAGUAAUGUGAAGAUACUAGCUGCAGAAGCUGAGCUUUAUAUGGCUGAAAUUGACGACAAGAUUAUAAUGAAGAUAGGCCCCAAGUUGGAUUUGGGUAAUCUAUUGCCCUCCAACUACCAAGUUGCUACCUCUGGCCAAGACUAUGCAGUUUGGGAGAAGAAGUAGUAAUAAAUCUUAAUUAUUUAAUUUCUUUUAUUCUCGAAUAAUUAUCUAGUUAGUAAUGUGGUCAAAAUAACAAGUAUAGUUUACUAAAUGAAAAUAAAUAAAUAAAUAAAACAAUACAAGACACAAGUAUAAUGUCUUACUUAUCCAA